UCCAAUUUAGGGAAUGUGUCUGACGUGGUUUAUUGUGAUAUUCCAGGGGAAUUCCAGUUUCUGUUUUGUCAACUUCACAAAUUUUGAGUGAACUGUGACGGAUUUUAUUAAAUAAAUCACUGAUUUAAGAGUAGUUCAUACGAUGGAGGUUGAAGACAGAAACAAGAACCCAGAAUCCAACUUUAAAUACCUUGUGCAGCAAGUGGAGGAACAGUCAGACCUGUGCGACAUGACAGUGAAAAGAGGACUGUGGGAGAAGAAGUUUCACCGCUGCGUACUUGCUGCUUGUCCAUUUUUUGAAAAUAUCAUCAGAGGAAAUUUUAUUGAAAAACAGACAGGCCUAGUGGAGGUAAAGGUAGACACCACACCAAAUGCAGUUGAGAUGGCACUUAUGUUUCUGUACGGAAGAAAACCUGCUUUUACCAUAGAUAAUGUAGGAGAACUUCUUGAACUGGCAGAAUUCUUUAUGAUAGUAGGUCUAAAAUCUGCUUGCAUUGAAUGGCUUCGCUCUGAAGAAAUUACGGAAGAAAAUUGUAUGUACGUGAUGCAGUUAUCUACUAAGUACAAUUUUGAAGUUACAACAUGUAUCGAUUACAUUGAAAGCCACCUGCCUGAGAUACUCAAAAAUGAUGAUGCGGUGAAUCUUUCGAAAGACUCAGUCGAGUAUCUAUUCUCCGACAGAAGGUUUUCAUACGUUACAAUGGAUGACAAGUUAAUGUUCCUUGUGAAGUGGGUCGGUAUGCAUUCAUGUGAGAAAGCAGAAAAUGUGAGGGCCCUGUUUCAGACGAUUGACAUGGACGAAGUAUCAUACUCUGCAUUGGAAAGUGCUAAACGUAAUGUUCCAUUUAGUAAAAUAAUAGACUUAAACAACGUAGUUCUCUUGGCAGAUGAUGAAAAUAGCAAACAUAAUGUUAUAAUGAUGUUCUGUAACAGAGGCUAUUUCUGGUGUUUAGAUCUACAGAACGACCGUUGGUAUAGGUUGAACUCAAAUAUAAACAAAGACCAGCAUUUGCAAAGCUGCGAUAAACAUGAUAUUGGUGGCGUGAGAAAUUCUGUUCCUGAAAUAAUUCUUACAUGUAAAGGGUUUCUAGAAAAAAUGUUACCUACACUGUUGACUGUAAAUCUUGAAACUGAUCAAACAACCACAUACCGACUUACUUUGGCAGAUGAAGACAUUACGGAAACAUCACUUUCCAGUAUAAGCUUGACAGAUGACACAAUGCUCGCUACUGUAAACAAAACUAUAAAGGUUAUUGAAGUGUUCUGCAGCCGGCAGAGUGGAAGUGAAAACGAAAGAAGGCCAGAUUAUCCAGUAAGUACUAGUCGUGAACAGAUUGAUCAUAAUUCUGUUCUCCUUACAAGAAGGAUACAGGCACCGGGCGAUUGUGAUAUUGAAGAGUUGUUGUCGUCUAUACCUGGGGACAGCCCAAAACAUUUAAGCGUAACAGAUAUCGGUUAUUCAAAGGUAUAUCUUGGAUAUGUAUCAGAAGAAACGGUUGAACUAUCUGCGUUAUUUUCAUUGCGAAAUGAAAAAGUCACAGACACAUGUUUGAGCAGGCAAUCUACGGUUGCUAUGCUUACGAAAUCUAUGCAGUUUGUGAUCCUGUUCGAUCUUGUAGAUUCGAAGAUGGAAAGACAUGAACUUGAACCAAACGCAAAUUACGAAAUGGCUCAGACUGGGGAAGGAUUCCUUAUCUAUAACAACACACGUUGUUACUGUCUUAAAAGACUAUCAGGACCGUCCCUUUCGAAAAAAUAUUUGAUACAAAAUAUUGAGCUUGAAAUAGAGAAAGAUUGCGUUGUGCGAUACCGUUAUUGUAACGGUAUUUGGAUAAGAAUUGUACAUAAUAUAUUCAAGAAUGGCGACCUUCAGCUAGAGUAUGUUUCGCACAAAGAAAUAUCAGUUAGUAAGAUCCCACGAAAUAUAAACUGGAAACGCUUGCCAUUACCAGAGGAAAUGAAAAUAACUGACAAACUCAUGAAUGAUAACGGUCAUAUGUUGAUGGUUCCUUUAUCGAAACGUAGGUUGCGAUGUGAUAUUGCAUGUCCGCAUUGCAAAUUGGCUGAUCGUCCGAAUAUAGGUUUGAACUAUUUUUCUAACGAUUUCUUUGUAGAUUCUUCUGACGACGAAUAUGUUUUUCAAUACCCGAGUGACAGUGAAUCAGACUACUAGUAAAUUUUGAUAUAUUCAUUAAACGUCUUGAUAUCCCACGAAUACCGGCUUACAAAGAUUUAUUUUGAUGUCAAUGAUAUCGUCCGAAACCAAAUAUUGGGUUUUAUGAUGACAGCGAAAAGAAUACCGGGUAAUACAUACUCUUUCUACGGGUUCACGAAAGUGAUGGCGAAAUUAUUAACUAUAAAUACGCCAUAGGAGUCCAGAUAAUACCUUUGUGCUGGGACCUUCCAACAACGUAAGAGAUGAUAAAUGGUGUCCGAAAAGCAGUUGCAAGUAUCUCUGUCUUAAUGGUUUCUUGGCUGAUUCCUCUGACGACGAAUAUAUAUUUUGCAAUGCUCGAGUAACAGUGAACCAGAUUAGAUUUUAACAUAUUUGUCUUGAUAUCCUGAAAACAUUGGCUUACGUACUAAAGAGUUAUUUUGAUGUCAAUGAUUUUUCCGAAAACCAGAAACGUUGAGUAACACGGUAAUUGCGAAUGGAAGACCGAGUUAUAAAUGGUCUUUCUAAGUAAUCACAGAAGUGAAUGUGUAAUUAUAAACUAUAAUUACGUUAUAGGUGUCGAAAUGAUACUUUUGUGCUGGGUCUUUCCAAUAAUGUCACAGAAAAGAAAUGAAAUACCUUUUACAUUUUAGAUAGACGCUUUUUAGAUUUUUCUACAUAACCAUCAAUAUUUCCUGUCCAAAACUGACACCAGAAAAGUCUAAAUUUAAGUUUUAAGAUAGGGCACCUCAUGCGUCAUGAUAUUGAUAUAUAAAUGUAAUACUUAAUCAUGUGUAUUUUACUUAAGAAUCUCGUGGAACUUAAUUUAAAUAAACUAGUAUGUAUUUCUUUACGAAAUAGAUUUAGGUUAAUUACUGGAUAUAUUGAAUUGGAAUGACAAGAAACGUUAAAUGGACACCCUAAGAGGUACAGUUUAUAAUGACCUUACAUUUCAAGAAAAAAGGAAAAGAUCUUAUAUUCAGUACAUGGGAGAUCGUAUUGAAAUUAUAGAAAAUUUAGUGUUGCUCCAGAACUAGCUGAACUUCGAAAAAACAUUCGUAAUCUUUUAGUACUUGGAACCUUUUAUCCUUUGUAGUUGCUGAAGUAAAUGCAUGCGUUUUAAUGCAUAUAUCUUCUAAGAUAUAUGUGUAAUUUGAGUUUACGCGUUCUACAAAAUUAAUUGAAAGUAACGUGUUUUAGAUAGUGAUUUUAAAUAUUCGAAUCUUCGAAAGCUUAAUCCGAAUAUCUUUAAAACAGUAUAAUUGAACGACUGAAAUAGAUUUGUUUUUGAUAUGUAUUCUUUAUUGUACGAUUGUUGUUUGCAAUGUUUUGAAUUAUCAUUAAAACUCAGUAUGUAGAACUUGCAAAUACCUCAAAUUGUAAAUCCGUUGUAAAUUCGAAAAAAUUGCUAUAUUCUGUAAAAUGAUUAUGUAAAAAACGGUUAGCGGAAAACAUUUUUACCUUAUAUCAUUUUUAAAUCGAAUCGACUUUCAAAGUUUAAAUUUUGAUCUUUUUAAAUUUGAGUUUCCAAGUUUCAGCUGCUGCAUAUUUCUUUAUAAAACUGAAAGUUUUAUGCUAAAUUUGAUUUAUCUGCCCUCACUUAGCAGUUUUUAAGGUAGAUAUAUUUUCACUACGUUUAAACCAAUGUUUCAAGUAAAUUCAUAUUCAACAGGUGUUGUUUUCAUAUUAAAAAGACUAGCUUUCGAUUCCAUACGUGAAAUAGAAGGUCCCUUAAGUGUAUCGGGUUUAACGCUUCUUACAUUUUGAAUGUUUUCUAUAAACAGGUUCGAAACUAUUCUGAUUGUCUAUCUUUGAUGUGUUUUGUGAUGUUUGAAAUAAAUAAGACUUUUUGUUGUUCAUAUUAUCGUAGGAUAAACGUUAUCACCAACCUUUCAGGUUAUUUUAGAACCUUGGCCAUGAAUAAGCCUAACACACACGAAUAAUUCAGUUUGUUUUUAAAUAAGUGUCUUAAAUAAACUUAUCGAAAACUUA